CUGCCCGAGGACGACCAGCUGCUCCUCGUGCGGAACGGGUGGGCGCCACUGCUGGUGCUCGGUCUCGCGCAGGACAGGGUGGAUUUUGAGACCACAGAGACUGCGGAACCCAGCAUGCUGCAGCGCAUCCUUACGGGUUUACCGGACAGACCGAGCGAGCUGCCGUUAGAACCACGCACCGGGGUGACCGUCGGGGUAUCACUGGCCGACAUCCAGGGUAUCAAAGCCUUUCUGAAGAAAUGCUGGAGUCUGGACAUCAGCACCAAGGAGUACGCUUAUCUCAAAGGGGCUGUGCUCUUCAACCCAGAUCUGGAGGGGCUGCGUUGCCUCCUCUACAUACAGUCUCUGCGGGCGGAGGCCCACCAGGCUCUGAACGAGCACGUGAAGCUGAUCCAGCAGGAAGACGCCACGCGCUUCGCCAAGCUGCUCAUCGCGCUGUCCAUGCUGCGCAGCAUCGGCCCGCCCACCGUAGCGCAGCUCUUCUUCAAGCCCGUCAUCGGUAGCGUCAACAUGGAGGAGGUUCUGAUGGAGAUGUUCUACGGGAAGUAGGCCCCGCCCACGCCGACGGACCAACUGACCAACUGACCAAUGAAAGACUGGGCUCUCUGCUCAGCGGACCAACGAGACAGACAAACAGAACAUUGAUGUGUAGAUCUCAUGGAAUGGACCAAUGAGGUGUAGAUCUUGUGUCACUGAAUGGACUAAUGAGUUGUAGAUCUUGUGUCACGGAAUGGACCAAUGAGGAGUAGAUCUUGUCUCACUGAAUGGACCAACUAAAUGUUUCAUCUGCAGAUUCAGCUGUUGUUCGGAGGACAGGUGAGAACAGAACAGUGA